AUGUCCAGAACCCUCCCAGUAUAUCAAGCCUUCCUUGCAAGCCUCCAACCUAUUCUGCCCUCCACUCUUCCCGCGGACGAGGCCUGUCCGAUAUGUAAGACCUACUUUCGGGAAGUGUACAUUCAACUUCUGGAGACGGUUAACGAAGAUACCUUCGCUUUGCUCCAACACCUCCCUUUCGCUCUCCCAUACCUACAGCUUGAUGACCCGCCCGUUCGCCUCCCAUGCACUGCCGGCCAUGUCUUCGGUCUAUCCUGCCUGAAGUCCUGGAUGGAAACCAGCAGGCAAGGGAAUUGCCCCUACUGCACCGAAUCAAUCUGCAGGUAUACAUCAAUUCCGCCGCUCACUGCGCGACACAGACAACGCAUUGACUUCGACGAGGAGGAAGCGCGUAUCGAUACGCUUGAUGCGCGGAGAUUGAUCACGGACUGCAGGAGGUGGACAAGUGAGCAGCGAGUGAGGAUCCAGGACCAUCCUUCCGAAAUACUCUUACGAUUCAUGGUCAACAUUGCAAUGCGCUUGCAAAGACCCAAGAUGCAGGAGAUAGAUUAUCUGUUUGUACAGUUCAACAAAACGCACGACGAUCCGCUGGACGAGGUAUAUCCGGAAAGGCCACAUGAACGCAAAGGUGGUGUUUACAAGCAGUGGGUUCUCGAACUUGCCAAAGCUGUGGAGCUCGCGGACGGGCAGUAUCCAGAAUGGCUGAAGCUACUACUGACACCCGAGGCCACGAUCAUGCACUCGAGGCUAUCGGUGGUGCUGUGGCUAGCGAGAGACGAGAUCUUGACCCCCAGCGCACUUGCUGACCGUCUUAUUGAAGACGUAAAGUUGGCAUGGAUAGACCAUCUUCACCCGCAUGCGCGUUUGAACAUCUUCUUGGAGCUAACGGUGAACGCAUACGUCGGCCGGGAGCGGUUGCUCACGGAAUUGAAGUAUAAGCACAAUCGCUACCCAGAGGCUCCUGGGGAGCCUGAUCGAGAUGAUCAAAGCGGUGAAGGCGGCGGACAAGACGAUGAUCGGAACAUGGCUAAUAGAGAGGAUGACCUUGAUGGUGGGGAUACCGAAAUGCGGGAUGCCGAGCGAGGCCUAUUCGAUGCGAUUCAUUCUAAUACAAUGAGUAAGAACAUGUGGACCGGCGCCUUAAGUGACAGACUCUACCCUAGCAUUGUCGUGGUUGAGGAUUGUUCGACAUAG